AUGAGCUCCAAAAACAGCCACCCCUGGGAAACGGUGAAUUCCCCAAACCGCAGAGUGCACGAGAGGGUGAGGGGAGUCAUGGGAAAGCAGGAUGCCUGCAUGCAUAUACUUCUCCCCAGAAAAAAGUUCAUCUAUCAUUACAAGAACAUGCGCUGGGCCAGAGGUCGGUGUGAGACUUACCUGUGCUUUGUGAUAAAAAGGCGAGUGGGCCCAGACUCCAUAUCUUUUGACUUUGGACAUCUCCGCAACCGCAAUGGCUGUCAUGUAGAGGUGUUGUUUCUGCGCUACCUGGGGGCCUUGUGUCCUGGUUUGUGGGGGUAUGGAGUUACUGGCGAGAGAAAGGUCAGCUACUCCAUCACCUGGUUCUGCUCCUGGUCCCCGUGUGCCAACUGCUCAUUCCGACUGGCCCAGUUCCUCAACCAGACGCCAAAUCUCCGUCUCAGGAUCUUUGUGGCUCGUCUUUAUUUCUGCGACAUGGAGGACAGCCGUGAGAGAGAGGGUCUGAGAGUGCUGAAAAAGGCUGGCGUGCGAAUCACUGUCAUGAGCUACAAAGACUACUUCUACUGCUGGCAGACAUUUGUGACAGGAAAACAAAGCAAGUUUAAGCCCUGGGAUGGGUUGCACCAAAACUCUGUUCGCCUGUCUAGAAAACUCAACCGCAUCCUUCAGCCCUGCGAGACAGAAGAUUUAAGAGAUGCCUUCAGACUGCUUGGACUGUGAAAUGUACCUCUGACCUCCUUAUGGUGUUUGCAUUAAGCCUAAAUGAGAAAGCUGUGUCAGUAUUGGUUUAUCACUACAACUGCUAAAACUGAGAAAUGCAAAAACUGAGAAAUGCUUUAGGCAAGGCUUGUAAUGUGAGGUAGCUCAGCUGCUGCUUGCUGUUUCUGUAGCAUGAUGUGAAAAUAAAAGUGCAAAUAACAAAA